AUGGAUUGGGCUGUAACAUUUUUCAAUAGCAAGAACAUUCCAACUUUUCUAUCCAAAGCUCCUGAUCUUCCACACCUAAGGUCUCAAAGUGAUGAUAAUCUUUUGCAGAAAUUUGCACAUAAAAAUGACAAUGAUGAUGACAAUAUGGAUAUUGAUGAUGACCCUCCAAAGCAUCUAAUUUUUAUGGGACAGGAUAAAAAGUUCAUAGUAACCUCAUUAACUCAAUCAAUGAAAUUUUUGUUGGUAUCUUGGUGGUGUGUUAUUGCUGAUAAACGUAGAAGAGUUCUUGAGAGCAUGCAAAAUGAACAUGCAGCAAAUUUAAUUAAGAACUAUUCCAUUAUGGAUUCAUUUCCAAUACAAGAUGAAACCUGGCUGCAUAGUCAAACAAUGUAUCAUAUACAAGAUUUUGCUACUGAAGGUUUAAGGACUCUACUUUAUGCAUUAUUUCAAUAUUACGUUGGAUUUUCAGGAACAUCACUUUACGAAUCAUGGACUUUUGUUAAAUUGAAUUUUUUUGAAGUAUAUAUGAGAACAAAAUAA